AUUACCUGAAUCUCGAUAAUACCCGAAGACUUUUUGUGACUGUCAAUAUCAUUUCCAAAAUUCACCUCAUCAAUGGACAAUAUCUCUGACAAACCUCCGCCGGAAAACUUACCGAUAGUCCUAAUUCUCCAAUCACUACCAGUCUACAAUCUCUACGAACCUGAAUUCUCUAACCUUUACCACUUCAUCAAGACUUACGACUCCCCACUUCCCCUCCCCGACUCCCUCGCCGCCGCAAAAUCUGCCGGUGUCACUGCUUUGCUCGCUGGUGGAUCUGUCCCAAUCAAUGCAACUAGCAUCCUCGAUCACCUCCCUUCACUCCGCUGCAUCGUCACCACUACUGCUGGCCUUAAUCAUGUCGAUCUUGUCGAGUGCCGACGCCGUGGCAUCGCUGUCGCCUCCGCUGGUGAUUCUUAUUCUGAUGACUGCGCUGAUAUGGCGGUGGCUCUUUUGAUUGAUGUUUUUAGGAAGGUUUGUUCAGGUGAUCAGUUUGUGCAGAGAGGUGAUUGGAGUGUUGAGGGACAAUAUGGCUUGGGUAAUCGGUUAAAAGGAAAGAAGAUAGGAAUUGUUGGAUUGGGUAGUAUUGGGUGUAGGAUUGCGAAAAGACUGGAGGUGUUUGGGUGCACAAUUCUUUACAACUCAAGAAAAGAGAAACCAUCUGUUUCGUACCCUUACUAGUCAGAUGUUCGCGAGCUAGCAGCAAACAGCGAUGCUUUGGUAAUAAGUUGUGCUUUAAACGAUCAGACAAGGCACAUGAUAAACAAGGAAGUUCUAUCAGCUCUAGGGAAGGAAGGUGUCAUCAUUAAUAUUGCUGAGCCUCGAGGGCCUAUAAUCGAUGAAAAUGAACUGGUGAGGUUUUUAGUUGAAGGGAAGAUAGGUGGUGCUGGAUUGGAUGUUUUUGAGAAAGAGCCUAAUGUUCCGAAAGAGCUUCUUGCUAUGGACAAUGUUGUUCUGUCUCCUCAUGCUGCCUAUUUGACUCACGAAUCAUUUCGUGACAUUUUUGAGCUUGUCAAAGGGAAUCUGCAAGCUUUCUUCUCUAAUAAACCAUUACUCUCUCCAGUCAUGGAGGGAUGAUUCUUACACUCCUUUUCAUGACUGAGUUUCUAGCAAAAUUUACAAGUUAUUUUUUGUCUCUAUUAGUGAUAUGAAAAUUGUAGAAAGGAUAUUGAAAAGGUCUUACACAGUCAAGGUGAGGAUGUUUGUAUGGAAGAUCAUACCAAGUACAAAAGUCAAAACUUGAUAUUGAAAAGGUCUUACACAGUCAAGGUGAGGAUGUUUGUAUGGAAGAUCAUACCAAGUACAAAAGUCAAAACUUGAUAUUGUCUUCUCAUUGCAAUUACAACUUUUCAAGGAGGGGCUUUUAGUAUUGGAUUUAUUUUUGAGAGGGAUGAACAUAUGUACUUGGUGGGAUAGUCGACAAAAAUAACAUAGAUUUUGAAUUUUGAAA